AAGUGCGAAUGUCGCGCGUACGUCGGACGAUAGUCGUUAGGUGAUCGAUGACCGUAGGACGCGUUUAGUCGCCCGCCGUCGCCGCGCUCUUCUUAUCUAGCUCCGACGAGGGCAGCCUUCUAUACCAGUGCGUAUAAAGGUUGCUUCUGGACGAGGUGAACGAUCCGCCAGGCGCCAGACUCUUCCUCGGGAUCUCAUAACCUGUCCUGUCCACCACGCUCGCUCCUUCCUUUCCUCUCUCUCGCUCUCUCUCUCUGUCACACACUCUGUCUGUCUGUCUGUCUGUCUCACUCGCUCUGUCGCGCGCGCGCGAAAUCAUCACGAUGACGAAGCUGCUCCACGUCUUUCUCGUCACCCUGGCCUGCAUCAGUGGCACCUUCGGGGACGGACUCAAGUGUAUAGUUAAACCCGCUGAUGUACCAACGGCAUGGCUAGACAUGGUAGAUCCGUGCAUAAAAAUCAUGGAGUCUCAAGUUAAAACCGAAAUGGAAGCUGCCAUGAAAUAUCUUGCGAUGGGUGCUCAUUUUGCGCGCGAUACUAUAAAUCGCCCGGGCUUUAGCAAGUUCUUUUUCGAAAGCGCGAGCGAGGAGAGAGAACAUGCGAUAAAGAUCAUCGAAUAUCUGCUAAUGCGUGGACAACUUACGAAUGACGUUAGCAAACUUCUCAAGUAUCCCUUGACCAACAAUACAAAUCCGAUGCGCCAAGAAUGGAACAGUGGAGAAGAAGCUCUUGCCGAGGCAUUGAAAUUAGAGGCUCAAGUUACCCGCAGCAUUCGCGAUAUAAUUAUAAUUUGCGAAAAUUCAAAACCUUUCAACGACUACCACUUGGUGGACUACCUCACUAGCGAUUUCUUGGACGAACAGUACAAGGGGCAGCGCGACCUUGCUGGCAAAAUUUCAACAUUGGGCAAAAUGAUGCACGCGCAUGGACCUUUGGGAGAAUUUCUAUUCGACAAGAAAUUGUUGAACGGCGAAGUCUUAUAGAGACUGGGCUGACGUCAAGUUCAGCCGGAGAUGUUCUUUUCUAUAAAUAUACGUUUGUAAAAUUUAAUAAUGGCCACAUUUAGAAUACAUCGUGUAAUUUAGAUUACAUUAUGCGUCCUUGUUUAUAUUUCACCGUAGAAUAUGAAAUGUAAUAGUUUUUGUUCUCCGAACAAAUUUCUAAAUGUGACCUAAUAUGUAAUAAUAUAUAAGUAUGUAAAACAUAAUGUUUACAAUGUUUGUUAAUCCAUAAUAAGUAUAUUAUCCUUGAUAAAUAAAUAAACAUUAUUUUGAAA